CAGUUGUUAUUCCCGGAAGCGCACUCAUACAUGUGCAGGAUUUGUCAACCUUGACAAACUUCCAAGCAAAUAAGUGAGCAGUUUAUGUCUCCAAACAAGUCGCUGCAGUGAUGCCAGUGACACGAUUGUGCUACCCGCUGUACCAGCUGGGGAACCCACAGCUGAGGAUCUUCAGACCCAACUGGUUCCUGACCCUGGUGAGGCCAGGCAAGGAACAACCUCCUGAUACUGUCCAAUUCCGCGUGCCAAUGGAGAUGACCAAAUACGACUUAAAGAACUACUUGGAGAGGAUCUAUAACAUCCCUAUUGGAGUAAUCCGGACCAGGAUACAGUUUGGGUCCAAUAAGAAGAGGAACCAUCUCCAUCAGAAGGUCAAGCAGCCAGACUAUAAAGUCGCCUACAUUCAGUUGGCCCAAGGCCAGACAUUCACCUUCCCUGACAUCUUCCCAGAAAAGGACCGGACACCAGCGGAGGGCUCCAUGGAGGAGCUGCAGAACAAGUUCAUGGAGGACGAAAAGCAGAGGCAGAAACUAGACCCCAGGAGAGGAGGGGUCACUGAGUGGUUUGGACUCUGAGGCAGCCGCUUGACUGGGAUCUCAGGGCUCGUAUAUAUUUAUGUGUGUGUAUUGUGCGAGGAUGUUACACUGGGAGCAACAUGUAUUGAUUUCAAAUGUGACAAGUGUGAUGUCACUUCUAUUUCUGUAAGAAACACAAGUGUGAGUAAAGAAGAAUGAGCAUGUGUGUGGGAGACUGCAGACAUGUGUUUAGUGCGUUUGUGAGGCUUCAGUCCAGUAACCAGAGCCAGAACAGAAUCGGUGGAGGAGGAGAGUGGCCCAGCUCCAUCAUCGAUGAAACCAGCCCACCACAGAGUCUCCAUCGCCUCAGAUGACCUCUUCUCCUUCCUCCUCACACUUUUCUCUACUACCUCCUUCUCCUUUCUCUCCUUCUUUUUUGGCACCAUUGCCUCUGCACCCUGUUCCUUUGUUUCUUGCGUCUUAUGAAGCUUCUCAUUUGUCACCUCUGUCGUCCCACUUCUCCACACUUUUCCAUUGGACUCUUGUUUCUCUGCCACACCGGAGCGUGGUAUAGUACCCCUGGAAGCCUCGACUCCCAGCUAGUUGGAUCCAACUCCUCGAACAGCCCACAUCAUUUCCUCUUUUAUGAGUUUGCCCUUGGAUUAAUUGACCACUUUAGGUAAACAACAGUUGAGAUGUUGUUUCAGCAAGUACAUGGAAUUUGCAAGGGUGUUAUAUUACAGUAUUUUGUGGUAGCGCCUCUUGCCAUAAUUUUGGUAAGAGACUGUAUCUUUGCCUGCUUCGUAGGACUUGCCAAUAAAUCUGUUUGGUUGUGAAAACUGUUUUAAUAGCAACUAAUAAAUGGUCAUUUGUCCAAAAGUA